GUUUUAACUUAGUCAUAAAUUAUUUCCUCAUAGAUCUUCGCAGACUUUAUACAUAUAAUAUUUAAUUUAAGGAUAUAAAUUGAGUUAUAGAGAGUUGAUUUGAUGCAAGUACACUUUACAACAAAAAGAGUAAGUUCUUAAAACUAAAGACAAAAAAGACUGUUAAAUAAAUUGAAACGAACAAACCUGUAGACAAUGUUUCGGGGAGACUUUGUAGACGAGUACAAAAGUAAAGUUGAAUGUAACCUAAAUAAGUUGAGGGAAGCAGCAGAUAGUGACGAUGUAGUAGAGAAUCCAUACUUUCCAGAUUUUAAAGUAAGUCCAAGGAUGUCGGCAAUGAUUUCACUUAUAAAAGAUACCAAGAGUAUUUACUAUGCUUCAUGUUUGGAGGAAUCUGAACAAGAGAAACACCAACAAGAAAUAGCCGACUACAUCAGUGAAAAUAAACAGAUCCUGGGAGUUCUGUGUGAUAUUGUUGUGGAUCCGCCUAAGCCAAGCUGUCCUUUUAUUGGCGAGUUGCAGAUGAUGUCACUAUGGCUGGUGCUGAACCUUACGGACGAAUCGGAGAAUUUGUGUGAAGCUGUUUGUCAAAUACCAGAAUAUCUUGGCUAUUUAAAAGGCAUUUUGGAUAAUAAUGAACCCGAUGAUGACGAAAUGUCAGAUGAAGACAAGAAAUGUUUAUCUUAUGUCAUUACGAUUGUCAACAACCUUGCAAUGGAUGACAACAACAUUAAUGUGUUACGUAAUGAAGAUUUUCAAACAUCACUAGCAAAAUACAUAGCAGCUGAUGAUGAUGAUACAGCUCUAACUGCUCUUCUUGGUUUGGCUGCUAUUAUGUCAGAGGAUGAAAACACAUCUAUCGAAGCUUGUACUUCAAGUAUUAGCACUUUAAUGGAGGAACUUGAAGAAAGUCUGGACAGUGAUGUUCACAGAUCAAACAGUGGUUGGAAAAGCCUUGAAUUGGGAUCGGGAAUUCUAAACCUAGCUAGAUUUGACGGUAACAAAGCCCUAUUUGUGGAAAAAAACUGUUUGCCUAAUAUGUUGAAGAUGGCCAAUUCCCAGAAUUCAAGUGAGCGGGAAAUUGCCAUAUUGUGUUUAUGGACACUUGCUUUCGACGAUGAUGUCAAAAAGAAAAUGGUAGAUGAGCCCGGACUAAUCCAUUUUCUGGAUGAAAAACGUCAAUCAUCCGACGACGAAAACAGUGAUGAAAAAAUAGCUUGUCAUAAUAUCCUAUGGACUCUACGAUACGCUCUUCUAGAAUCUGAGGACCACCAAUCAAUUGGAAAAAAAAUGACUGAGGGUGAAAAUGAAGAUGAUGAUGAUGAUGAUAGUGAUGAUAGUGAUGAUGAUGAUGAUGAUAGUGAUGAUAGUGAUGAUGAUGAUGAUGAGGAUGAGGAUGAGGAUGAAAAAGGUGAUGGAGAUACUGAAGAUUUUACAAACGAUGCAAGUGAAGACCUAGAAAAACACAUAAAGCAACAACAUAAAAAUCCAACCGAAAAAUUGGAACACUCAAAUAAAGAUAUUGGUCACGUAAUGAUAAGCUACAAUUGGGAUAAGCAAGAUAUGGCGUUGAAAAUACGAGACCAACUCAAGUCCAACAAUAUAAGAGUAUGGAUAGACGUUGAUGAUAUGGAAGGGUCAACACUAGACGCCAUGGCCAAAGCUGUUGAACAAGCUGAAAUCGUGAUCAUGUGUAUGUCUCGAAAAUACAAAAACAGUGAAAAUUGUAGAGCUGAGGCUGAAUAUGCCUUUACGAAAAAAAGAAGGAUUAUACCAAUACUGAUGGAAACUGACUACGAACCUGAUGGAUGGUUGGGUAUCAUUCGUGGAUCAAAACUGUGGUAUGAUUUUAGUGAUGACCAGUUGAUGAAUGCAAACAUGGGCCGACUUUUAAAAGCGGUAAAACAUUUCACUGAUGCAAAAUAGGUGUUCUUGUAUUAAUAACACAACGAAUUUUUAUAAAGAUUAAUUAAAUCGAAUUUUAAAACCUUUGUAUAUCAUUUCAAAAUUAAGUUUGUAGUAUUUGUUUUAUAUGUACGGUUGUUGGGAUUAUAUUUCUUUCUAGGUAUAAUAUAUUCAAGUUUUUUAUUCAUAUAGCUGUAAGUCAUAAACUUUUAGCUUUUAAACACAGUACAACAAUGGUAACACAUAACAUAAAAACAUAACAUGACAUUAUAUAGAAGUAACAGCUCAGUUAGUAAGUAAUGAUUUGCGAAGUUUGAAGGCUUCAAAAACAUAUUUAAAUAAUUUAUCUUAAAGAUUUCCAUUAUUUGUGGACAUUAAUUCAUUAAAUUUAUAAACAUUUGGGUGGAGUGAAUAAAAUUUAGGGAUAUAUUUUGUUCUUAAGUGAUUUAAAGAUUUGCAACAAAGUGUAAGGUGAAAAUCAUCGUUUUCGUCCUCCUUCGAUAAUCAGUGUUUCGAAACUGAUUGAUACGGUUGGUCAUCACACGUAGAUCAAUAUGUGGUAUGAUUUUAGGGGGUGUUCCCACUUUGCCGGUGGGCUUUGAUGUCGAAUUUUGCCGGUAAUCUAGAGUUAAUCCUAGAACAAUUGUGUUAUAAACUAUAGUCCAUAUAUUUGUUAAGAUUAUGACAAAUUGUGACAUUGAAUUGUUAGAAAGGAAGAUAAGUGAAAAAUAGGUCGAUGAUGUAAUUAAAAGUUCUAAACGGGACAAGAGUUGUAGUGAAGAUGAAAUAAUCAAUGAAUAUUUUAAGGAAUUUUGUCCAUAUUUUGUUCGGUUGCUAUGUGACCUAUUCAACUAAGUUUAUUCUAGUGGUGAUUUUCCUAUUUCAUGAGCUACUGGUAAUAUAAUUCCAAUUUUUAAGAAAGGCGAUCCGCAUGUUACUGGCAACUAUCGUUGUAUUACCCUGAUCAGUCAUUUGGGUAAACUUUUCACACCAGUCCUCAACCAUCGGGUAUGCAAGUUGAAUCAGGUUGUGAAAAUCUUAUCAGUCAUUUUUUUUGGAUUUAAAUCAGGACUUGGAACUGUUGAUGCAAUAUUCGUUCUACAAAAUGUUAUACAUAUGUACUUAGCCAAAAAUAAAUGUCUAUAUGCCUGUUUCCUAUAUUACUCAUCGGCAUUUGAUCGGACCCUUCCAGUAAGACUGGUAUAAAUUGAUAAAGUUGGGUGUUACGGGCAAUUUUCCAAAAAUCCUGAAAUCCAUGUACUGAAAGUUAAUAUCUAAUGUAAAGUUUAAAGGUGAGAUAUCAGAAUAUUUUAAUCGUCAUAUUGGUUUAUGUACUCAUUUUAUGUAAAUGAUAUUGAAACCGAAUUACUGGAAAAUGAUUGUCAGUCACUAACUGUAAAUGAUAUAAACUUGUACUUAAUAAUGUAUGCAGAUGAUACUGUUCUUUUAAGUGGAGGAAUUGUAAAAUAUAUUCAUGGAAAUAUAAAAAUUGUAAUAUUGAAAUUGUAAAAAACUUUAAUUACCUACGUGUUAACCUUAAUAUAAUUGUAAACCAAUUGUAAACCAAAUCUUAUUCAACAAAUAAUAGCAUCUCAGUGUAAUAAAGCAUGUUCCAGCUUGCACAAACUAAGACAAGAAAACAGUUUCAAUAUAAAAACAAGCCUUUCAUUAUUUGACACAUAUAUUGGUUCCAUAUUAAACUAUGGCUGUGAAACAUGGGGAUACCACCCUGGAGAUGAUAUUGAAAAAGUUCACACAAAAUAUUGUAAAAGAAUACUUGGGGUAAAACAGUCUAGAACUAAUGCACUCAUUUAUUAUGAACUGGGGAGAUUACCUCUAUCUUUAAUAAGAAAAUAUAGAAUUAUUACAUAUUGGCUUAAGUUACUGAAAACCAACAAGGAUAUGCUUGCAUUGCAUACGACCAAUAAGAGUUAUAGCCCUUGGGUAAAUUUUGUUAAGAGUUGUUUAGAAACUUAUGGCUUUGGUUACAUAUGGGAAACACAAUUUGUAUUUGACGAUAAGAUAUUUUUGAGCGAAUUUUAUCAGAGAAUUAAAGAUGUUUAUGUUCAAUUAUUGGCAGAAUACUUUGAAACGUCUUCAAAAUGUCUUUUUUAUAGAAGUUUGAAUGCAGAUUUUAAAUGACAGUUUUAUUUAAAACAUCUAAUAUAUUAUAAGAAUGAAAUUUGUAAAAUUAGAGUUAGCUCACAUUGCCGAAAAAUUGAGACAGGGAGAUAUUACAAUAUAGAGAGAAAUGAUAGGCUUUGUACACAGUGCCGGACUGGGCCCACCUGUCCACCUGUCCGUGACAGGUGGGCCUAAAGUUAGGUUCACACCAACGGCGCUUUGAUGGCGCUUUAAAGCGGCGUGCAAAGCGGCACCAAAGCGUAACAAAGCUCGACUAAAGCGUCAUGGUCGUAAUAGAUCGUUGGAAAACUUUGAGCAAAGCGGGACAUUCGGCAAGAGCACCAACAAAUUUUAAGACUGUUUCAAAAUUUUGGGCGCUCUGUCACGAAUUGAUUAAAGCGCUGAGAGCGUAUCAAAGCUUAACAAGGCGUAACAAAGUUCAGCAAAGCUUGACCCAAAGCGUAGGAAAGCUUAACAGAGCUUUGUUCAAAGCGGGGACCCCAGUCGUCACGGUCUGUCACCACUUGACACGCUUUGUUAAGAUGUCUCAAGAUUUGCUACGAUCUGGCAUGAAGAUCUGACACGCUUUGUUACGCUUUCCCACGAAUUGAGACGCUUUGAUCAAGGAUUGACACGCUUUGCUAGGCUUUGUUACGCUUGGCAAGCUUCCUCACGCUCUCGACUGUGACUUGGGUACCACUCAUUGCAUUUUUUCAGAAAAAGUAUCCUGAACCUGAAAAACAACACAAAGAUGGGACCCAAGAGAGGUAGUGGUGCAGCAAAGAUGAAUAAUAACAUAAAUAAUAAUCAUAGCAUCUUCCAAAGUACAUAUAAUAACAUAAUAAUUUCAAAUUUCCAAGUCAGUAUUACAAAAUAAUGUUCAUAACACACUAGUCUUCAUCCUCAGUCUUGCGGGCUCUCUCUCUCUCUCCCUCUCUCUCUCUCUCUCUCUCUCUCUUCAGUCUUCACUUCAUCAGCCUCGAACCCACUCCUCUCUUCAACUGCACAAGGAAGUACAACACCAGCCAUUUUUUGCUGCCAGUCAACAUCACACACUUGGGAGAGAAAGUAGUCUUUGAGAUGUUCUCUCUGACGUCUGGUAUCCACAGUGGCGCGGCCCCUUACAGGUGGCAGUGGAACAUCUUCCCAAUGAGGUUCAUGUCUCCAGGCCCCUGGUAUGAUAUUGUGCUCUUCAUUCUCGUGAUCCACCUCAUUGGCUGCCAUCACCACCCUCUGCCCCAGCAGGUUGUGCAGCACCACAGCAGUCUCCACCAAAUGUCUCUACCUUCUGUUCCAGUGUUCCCAGCAGGCACCUGAACCUGUUUGCCAGGAUGCCAAAGGCAUUCUCCACCACUCGUCUACCCCUUGAGAUCCUGUAGUUGUAGAUUCUCUGCUCAUCUGUCAUCCCUCUUCUACUGUAUGGCUUCAUCAUGUAGCUCUUCAGGGCAAAAGCAUCAUCAACCAGGAUGAAGUAUGGAAUAUCUGGCUUAGUUUCCCCAGGGAUAGGGCAUGAUGGGGGCAGCCCUAUGGACCCAUCUGCUAGGCUUUCAAAGAGCUCAGAGUCUAUGAAUAUCUGGGAGUCAGACAUGUGUCCUUUACCUCCCAGCUCAAUCCAGAUGAACUUGUACUGUGCAUCUACCAAGGCCAGCAUUGGUAUGGAGAAGAACUCCUUGUAGUUGUGGUAGAGACUGCUGGCUUCUUGAUGGCUGGCUUCAUCAAAGCUGGCUUCUUGAUGGCUAUAUGUUUUCCAUCCGAGGCACCAACUGCAUGGGGGACAUGCCACCUCUGUUCAAACUGCUGGGCAAGGUUUCUCAAUGCUUCAGGGGAGGUAGGGGGGUGGAAGACCUCAUCUUUAUACGCCUGUACAAUGGCCCUGCACACUUCCGGAAUCAGCUCUGAUAUGGUGGAGAUACCACAUCGGAAUCCAUAUGCCAGUGACCUGUAGUUGUCCCCAGUGGCCAGAAGUCUCAGGGUGAUUGCCAGCAGCUUUAGGCCAGCGGACAAGGGGUGCCUGUAGUUAGUCUGCUGCUUCUGGAUGACUGGUGCCACUCUCUCCAGGAUAUCAUCGAACACCUCAGGGGUAAAUCUGGUCAAGUUUCUGAAGGCAGCAGAGUCUUCUAAUCUGAGUUGUGUAUCCAGGAGGCUAUUGUAUAUGAAUAGUCUUCUCCCUCCUGCUGGUAGACCAACCCCCCCUUGUCUUUGCUGUUCUUCCUCCUCCUCAAGGGCUAGGAUGUAUUUAUACAGUAGGGAGACAAACAUUAUGUCUUCUUCAGAUAGAUUAUGCUCUACUACAUCUGGAACUUCUGGAUCUUGUAGUUCUGCCAUCGUGUUGUGGAGUCAAAGAUGCAAUGAUUUUGUGGAUCUGCUCUGGAUCAAAAGCGGCAUGAAAUUUUCCAAUGCGUAACACAGCUUAACAAUGCACAACAGAGCUUGAUAAUCGUAUCCGAGCGUGAUUUAAAGCGUCUUAAUCGCAUCAAAGCGUGAUGUAAAGCGUAACAAAGCGUAACAAGGCCUGAUCAAAUCGGGAAAUAAUUCGUCCCCCAAAGCGUAACCAAUUUGUAUCAGAGCUUAUCAGAGCGUAACAUUACUUAGGAGAUCGUGAUAUUUUUGGAAAAGUAAACAAAAAUGAUGGCGCUUUGCUCGCCGAUUGGUGUUAACUAGACUUAAGCCUAUAAAGAAAAAAGAGAAAGAAAAAAGAAAAGAGAAAGAAAGGAGAGGGGGGACAAAAGAAAGAAGGAAGGCGAGGACAGGACAGACCCCCUUCGGAUGCUCGCGCGCCUUCGGCGCGUACUUUUGUGGGCCUUGGUCAAUGACCUGACAGCUGGGCCGAAGGCCCAUCAGUCCGGCACUGUUUGUACAUACUGUAAUGAUUUGGAAAUAGAAGAUGAAUAUCAUUUUGUCUUAGUCUGUAAAUCCCACACAACUUUAAGAGAAAAAUAUAUAGACACAUACUAUUGAAAAAACCCAUCAAUGUUUAAAUUUAUUGAACUGCUGAAUAUUGAAAAUUGUAUAUUUUUAAAUAAUUUAGGAAAAUUUGUACAUUUUGCGCUGAAAUCUCGCUUAUAGAGAUACCCUAUAUAAUUGUACAUC